UUCACUUUUUUAAUUUCGACAGCUACUCGAUUUGAUGAACAUUGCAUUGAACUUUUAGAGUAUAUAUAUACAUAACAAACUUAUAUCAUAACUAUGGCUUCCGCAGUCAAGGUACGAAAGAAACCUAUUAUACAAAGGCAGAGACCCGUUACAACCAACGACGCUAUAGGAUUUAAUCCUGAAGAUAUAGAAGAGCCAACUGAUUUACAUUUACUAAAGGAAGUAUCGCAGAAACUUAAUUUGGCAACUCGGAGACCAUCGACAGUCCAGUGGAAACAGGUUAUCGAAUUCCGUAAAUCUCAAGGAUUUUAUUCUUCGGACGUAGAGCCGGAAUUUUUGGACAAAAUCGUCGGCGCUAAAUUAAAAAAGAGCGUUACAGAAGACCUCACCAAUGACGUCAUAAAUCAAGAUGACGUAGAAAACAACAACAUUAAACUUAAAACGUCUAAAAGUCAAAAAUCGGAAUCUUCCGAAAAAAUACCCUCUGAAAGCAAGAAAAACGGGUUUAUAUUUCCAGGAUUUCAUCUUAAAAAAGAUAAAACUUCUUCUAAAAAAACUAAGUCCUCGACACGAGGUGAAAAAGAACUCGAAAUAACGGCUACAACCUCACCAAUAAAGACUCCAACUCAAGUCGUGCCUGAGUGCGAAAACUCAAAUGAUGAUUUAAAUAAAAAUUAUAAACCGCACUGUGACAUCACAAAACCCGUAUCCAAGAGCGGGAAUGAAGAUCAAACGCAAGAACAAAUAUGUCGAUUUCCUCUUUAUGACACUGAUGACGAAAAUGAUGACGUCACUACAGGAAUGAGUGCGACGGCGAUUAGAUAUAGAAAUAUAACAAGAGCACUUGGAAAAAUUAGAAGAGAUUUAAUCACAAUGAGGAUUGAAGACAACAAACUCGCUCGUAAACUACUUGAUGCAAGAACUGAGAUUAAUUUAAUACGAGUACGUCAGAGUUGUGACGCACAUGCUGAGAUGCUUGAUGACGUCACAUAUGAAUUAGAAGAAGAUGAUCUACUACCUGGUUUAAUUAAAGCUUGUGAUUUACCAAAUCGGCAACCUGGAUCCUUAAUGUCAGCGUUUUCACCUCUUCGUACCAUGGGACUAAGCAGAAUGAAUUUAAAUAGAAGACGAUUUUCAAUAAGAUAAUUAAUGAAAGGAAAGACACUCAUUUCGAAUGCAGUGAAAGAAAAUUUGAAUUAUGAUAGGAGUUGCACAUUCAACCCGGAAAAGGGAAGCCGAAUAUACGGCUUAAUCAUAUGACGAACCACGGCCUAUGGCCUGGUUACAAGUCCAUGUCGCGUAUAGUAUUAGUUUGCAAGCUAUUUAUUUUCAGAUGUAUGGACUUGAUGGAGAAAGACGAAACGCAACACAACGGUUACGUCAUACACCCUACGACGACAUGAGUUUAGCAAGCCACUCGUACAUAAUUAUCCCCAAGGGAUAUGAAUUGAAUCAAGCUGUAUUAAAAUUGCAACCAACGCCUCGCAAAUGAGAUUCUACAAAUCAAGAAUUUAAACAUCCCGUAUUCAUUAAGUCAUCAAACAAUUUCGAAACGACCAAUCCCAAUGAACAUAGCAUAGUCAAAGAUUCCUAUCUUCACACUCUAUUAAUAUGAAAGUUAUGAAGUUAGAAAUUCACGAUCUCAAGCCUAUAUCUCUAACUCUUAGCAUUAGCUCUCAGGUCAGUCUCAGGAGACGCUUAUUUCCGUACCACUUCGUCUAAUUGCAAUAAAUAAAGCAAUGUUCCCUUCUAUCAAAUUAUCUCGGUUAUUCGUUAAACAUUGCCAAGUCCAUGCUCCCAAAAACCAAUAACAGGCUAACGACCCCCGUACCCGACAUGGACUGGUAAACGAACGAGACGCCAUAUGAUUAGGCUGUCUUAUCGGCUUUCCUCUCCCCGGGAUAAAUCUGUAAACUCUAUCCUACCCUACAACAUAUAUGUUCCAUUUGGGAGGCGUUAUUUUUUUUCCAAACAAGGUUUCAAACAGGAAGCCGCCGAUGCGUAGAGAGCUACUAUUUUGCGAAAACCGGAAUAGUUUUUUUUGUUUUGUUCUGAAUCGCUCUCCCAAUUGAACACACCCUGGAUUAGACGAUGUCCGUAGGGUUUGAACCGGCGAUCUUAUACAUGUUAGGACGACGUGGCUCUAAUCUCGUUCUUCAACACGUUUAUCGAUCGUUUCUUUGUCAACCCAGGACAAAGCAAUUUAAUGUCCAUACUAAUUCAUUCCACAGCAAAUUCUUUCCUGGAACAAAUUCUCACUUCAUAUUUUCCCGUGUAGGAUGCAAUUGCUGUUUUAGAAUGAUAUCCCCACUUUCAAGUCUGUACUUUUGUCUUAUUAUAAUUUAUCUAUAUUUUCAUGUUUAUUAACGAAAUUACAAAAUCCUUCAAUAAUUUAAAUACCAGCAAAUUAGUAUAAAAAAGGAACCUUAUUUGUUACAACGCCAUUAGUAAUUCGCACGAUUUUGCCGCCUACUUGCGCAGUUCCGAUACAAAGCUACAGCAUUAAUCUUUUAGUGACGUAAAUGAACGAGAGCACACGAAGACUUAUAGCGCCACCUAGCGAUUCAUCGUCAACAUGUGUUCGGCUACUUGAAUAUUUUAAUUACCCAUGCUUCCUUCCAGAACACUCCGUCCCUUGACUACAAUUUUAGAACAUUUAUACACUCUUGAUUUUUUUUUUCAAUCGAAAUUAUUUUAUUUCAAAUUGUGGAAAAUUUAUUUACAAUUUUAUUCUUUAUUUUAUUGAUCUUGAAAUAUU